GGUGUCACGUGGAGGCAGGCUUUCCAGGACCUUAGACAGGCAUGGCUGAGGCCGGAAAUGUGGCCUCUGGCCUCGGGCUUCCAGGAGAAGUCUCCCAGUGGCCUCUGAGGCGCUAUGGUCGCUUCAUGCUCUUGGACAAUGGGGAGUCCCCUGGGCCUAGCUCGGCAGCUGCUGCAGCGCCCUCGCCCACAUGGAAGGUGAGACCCGAAGGGCAGAAAGGACCACCAGCCGCCAGAUCCCCAGGGAAGGUUUUUGAAUCCAGUGAAGAAUCUGGGUGUCUUGUUCUCACGAUCGUUGUCUCCGGCCACUUCUUCAUUUCCCAAGGACAGACACUACUGGAAGGGUUUUCGCUCAUUGGCAGCAAGAACUGGUUGAAGAUUGUAAGGCGCAUGGACUGUCUUCUGUUCGGAACAACAAUAAAGGACAAGAGCCGAAUGUUCCGCGUCCAGUUCAGUGGGGAGUCCCAGGAAGAGGCACUGGAACACUGCUGUGGCUGCGUGCAGACCCUGACCCAGUAUGUCACCGUCCAGGAACCUGACCGCAUCACCCAGGAGCUUCAGCAGAGCCCAGGCCCACGAGAGGCAGGUGAAAGCCAAGGGAAGGAUCCACUGCAGCAGGGGUCCUCCCUGAUUCUGGAGCAGCAUGUGUGUAUGGCAGCUGGCACAGGUCUGCUAGAGGAAAGGACUUCAGUGACACAUCUAGCUCAGGCAAUGUUUUCUGUGUUAAAUUAUCUGGGAUCACACAAUCAACCCGUCUGGUCUUUUGGCACCCCUGCAGUCUAUCCUGGCGCCAGAGAAGCUGACCCUAGCCUAUGAAGGAUCUUCAUGGGGAGCAGAAGAAUUGGGCCCUUUUCUACGUUUAUGCCUCAUGGAUCAGAACUUCCCAGCAUUUGUGGAAGAGGUGGAGAAGGAACUUAAAAAGAUCACAGGGUUGAGAAACUAAAAGCCCUGCACAUGUAUGCAAUUAAGGAACUGAAGGUAUUUGAAUAAAGAGUAUUAUUCCAAGCA